AUGUCGAUGAGCCCAAAGCAUACGACUCCUUUCUCAGUGUCUGACAUCUUGAGUCCUUUGGAGGAAAGCUACAAGAAAGUGGGCAUGGAGGGCAGUAACUUGGGGGCUCCCUUGUCAGCCUACAGACAGUCUCAGGUUUCUCAGCCAGCCAUGCAGCAGCACCCCAUGGGCCACAACGGAACAGUGACUGCUGCCUACCAUAUGACAGCGGCAGGGGUCCCCCAGCUCUCCCAUGCUACGAUGGGGGGCUACUGCAAUGGGAACCUGGGCAACAUGAGCGAGCUCCCGCCUUACCAGGACACCAUGCGGAACAGCGCUUCGGCGACAGGAUGGUACGGCACCAACCCGGACCCCCGCUUUUCCUCAAUCUCCCGCUUCAUGGCGCCGUCUUCGGGCAUGAACAUGGGCGGCAUGGGCAGCCUCGGCUCCCUGGGAGACGUGAGCAAGAGCAUGGCCCCUCUCCAGAGCACGCCACGGAGGAAACGGAGGGUCCUUUUUUCCCAGGCCCAGGUUUACGAGUUGGAGAGACGUUUCAAGCAGCAGAAAUACCUCUCCGCCCCGGAAAGGGAACAUUUAGCCAGCAUGAUACAUCUCACCCCGACUCAGGUCAAAAUCUGGUUCCAGAACCACCGCUAUAAGAUGAAACGCCAGGCCAAAGACAAGGCUGCACAGCAGCAGAUGCAACAGGAGAACGGCUCGUGCCAGCAGCAGCAGUCUCCCAGAAGGGUGGCGGUGCCAGUGCUUGUAAAGGAUGGCAAGCCCUGCCAGGCAGGCUCCAACACACCCACAGCAGCAAUCCAGAGCCAUCAGCAGCAGGCAGCAACAACGAUCACAGUGGCUACCAAUGGCAACAGCCUCGGACAGCAUCAGAGCCACCAGACAAACAGUGCGGGGCAGUCUCCAGAUAUGGGACAGCACUCAGCCAGCCCUUCCUCUCUGCAGAGUCAAGUCUCCGGUUUGUCUCACCUAAACUCUUCUACUUCUGACUAUGGCACUGCCAUGUCUUGCUCCACCUUGCUAUACGGUAGGACCUGGUGAAAGGAUUAAACAAAAGAAAAAAAAUAAGGAAACAAAACAAAACAAAAACAAAACCAGAUUUUCCCAGUCACACAAAUCUCUGUCCUGUCCAAACUACUGGGGUUUUUUCUUCUUCUUUUUUUUUUCCUCCAUAUUUUUCCCCUCCCCGGUUUACUCUGAGGACCUCUAAGAGAGAGAAUUUUUUUUUUUUUUUGGUUCGGUUCUGUUGUUACUCUUGAUGGACUUUGGUCUUUCUGUUUUUUGGGGUCUGUAUUUGGGUUGGGUUUUUUUUUUUUUUUUUGAGAGGUUGUGUGGUUUUUUUGGUUGUUGUUAUUGUUGUUUGUUUGUUUGUUUCCUUUUUUCCCCUUAAGGUUGUUGUAUGGGGUAUUAAAAAAAAAAAAAUAUGACUAAUAACCAUGGAGCAGUCUGCAGAAAGGGGACCAUCGUUAGACAUGGUCCGAAGGCUUGGAUUCCAGAUGCACACUUUGCCAGGUUCCAAGACUUGUAUGUAAAUAUAGAGAUUUUGGGGGAUGGGGUGGUUUUCCCCAAAACAACGCAUUCACGUCACCCAGGCACCAGAAGCAGCUUUCCCCCUCCCCUGGGCUCCGCUCCCAGCCCCACGCCAGGGCUUGCGGAUGGAGACGUGGAGUCAUCAAAGGCUUGGCUUUUAUUUUCCUCCUUACGUUUGAUGUGAACAUGUAGCUGUAUAAUGCUGUCAAAAGUUGGACUAAACUCAUAGUUUUUAGUAGCCUGUAUAUUUUGUUGUAAAAAGAAAAAAAAAAUACAAUCAACCAAACGAAACAACCCCCCACAUUUUUUAUGGACACUGAUCGCCCCGUCGUAAAUCCUCUGGCAGUUCGUUAUACGCGCACACCGCAUUCUCCUGUUGUAAGUGAUGUAGAUAUUUGGCUUAAAUAUAGUUCCUAAGAAGCUUCUAAUAAAUUAUACACAUUACGAAUAUUUUUUUUCCUCCUGGCUCUCCCUUCCCUGUAUAUUUUUUGUUUGUUUAUUUGUUUGUUGUUGGGGGUUGUUUGUUUGUUUGGUUUUUGUGGGGUUUUGUUUAGUUUGGGUUUUUUUGGGGUUUUGUUUUUGUUUUUUGUUUGGGUGUUUUAUUUUGUUUGUUUGUUUUUAGUUUGGUUUGUUUUGUUUUUUUUGGUUGGCUGGCUGGUUGAUUUGGUUUGUUUUAUUUUGACGAACAAAAUAAUCCAGGAUGCUGCCAAACCCCGAAAGACCCCUGCCCCUCUCAGGGUCCGGACCCUGUUCCCAGAGAGAAGCUGAACCAGAGAGUUAACGGGAUGCAGGAUCAGCCCUCAGCGUGAAAAAGUGAUGAGCAAACUCAUGGGAUUCACAAACUCGAGGGUGAAGGGAUCGAAUCCAAAUUCAUCAGCCUGAUUAUUGUGGGGGCGGGGUGCACCUCAGAGACUUCUUACUAAGAGAAAGCAAAAUAUUCUGGGAGUAGAAAUUCGAAUGCCAAAGGCACAGAGGAGAAAGAAAGCAAAAGUCUAACGGCACUAGAAACAAAUUAAGGAUGAACAUGGUGACAGCAUAGAACAUGCGGCGGAUUUAAAGAGAGUUCAGUUGUAAUACCUUGUUAAAAUAGUCAUUUCUACCAAGUUUUCCUAUGUACUUGUAUUUUAAGGGAAAUACAGUCACCUUAUUUAUAAUCAAAAUAAAAAGAUAGUUUAUUGUGUACAAAGUAGUUUGAAUUAACUUUCAUUAUCAAGCUUUAUUUCAUUUUCUGCACCUAUCCACCUCCUCAAGGGCACACACAAACUCACAGCGAUGCCCCUGCUCACCUCCAUUUCGUUACCCCGGCGGGAGUUUAGCUGCAGGCUGCACCUCACUAUAAUGCAUGUUGCUUUUGGCUGGGUUUUGGUCGGUGGGUGUUUUUUAU